GUUGAGUAUCAUCCCUACUGGCAUGAGGACGACUUGGUUAAGUUCUGUCAAGAGCGCAACAUCACCUUCAAUGGCUACUCUCCAAUGAGCUGCCCGGACUACGCCCCUCCGACACACGGCUGGUCACACUCGGCGCUCCAAGAACCCGUUGUCAUGCAGAUUGCUCAAGUACACAGUGCCGAUCCCAGUCAGGUGCUGCUGGCCUGGGAGCUGGCCCACGGCGUGGUGGUGAACCCGAGAACCCGCAAUCCGGACCACAUGACGCUGAACUUGCAGUUUGAGAAGGUGAAGCUGAGCACUGACGAGAUUGCCAAGAUCGCUGCCAUCGUACCGCCGGAGAAGAACAAGGUUUGCCCUGACCCUCACCAGUACAAGUAGUGUUUAGUCACUUGUUCAACUGAACAGUUUCCGUAUAAGUUAUUUUAUAUGACGUCAGUGUUCUGUCUGACACUCGCCUUGUGCAUACCAGCCAGACUAGACACAGGACGGUGUUAUAAUUUUUUACUUUUUCUUCUACCAUCUCAGUGUGUAUAGACCUCUCUGCACCAAGUUAUAAGUUCUUGCUCUCAUAUUGGCCUUUGGCCAGCGAGCCAGAUCUGUUUUCAAGAAUUUUUUAUUAGGAAUUUUUCUUCUAGUUGUGGCAGAGUGUGUAAUGUAUUCAUGCCCGGGUAUGUGACAAUGCCCGAUUACAGGAUAACCAGACCUGUAUUGUCCUUGCUGGCAAGGAAUCUCA